GCAUCAGUUCUUAUUAUUCUUUCCUUGGCUUGACUUGAGUUGUUGCUAACUGAUCUUUAUGCGUUCAAAAAUGAAGUUCAUGUUUUAUGCUAUGGCGAUAUUAGUUCAAAGUUUUUAUGUUGCGCUCAGUUUUCCCUUGGAUGAAACCAUCGAUUUGUCUGAACGUGAGUGUAAGGACAACCGUGAUGACUGUAACUGGAUUGCUAACAAUCACUACGAUGUUUCAAAGUACUGCUGGGCACACAAAAAUGAUGCCUUCAUCAAAGACUGUCCAAAAUAUUGUGGAUUCUGCAAAGUACCGGCACCGGCACCAGCACCAGCCCCAGUAGAAGGAUGCGAAGACACUCGUAGUGACUGUAACUGGAUAGUUGAAAACACCAACUCAGCGGAAUAUUGUUACCAAUACAGAAAUGAUCCAGAAGUGAGAAAAUGUGCAAAAACUUGUGGAUUCUGCAAACCUCCCGCACCACCGAAACUUCAAAAAUGUGAAGACACAAGUCAGUACUGUUCGUGGAUACCCAAACAUUAUAAUGACGUGACUGGGUACUGUAAAAAACACAUGCGUGACAGCCUUGUACAGCAAUGCACGAAGACAUGUGAACUAUGCGAACCUCCAAAACCAGUGCCACAGCCUCAAAUACUUGAAUGUGAAGACACACGUAAUGACUGUUCAUGGAUUGGUGAACAUAACAGUGACGUAGCAGCCUACUGUGACAGACACAGGAAUGAUGCGUUCAUCAAACAAUGCCAAAAAACAUGUGGAUUCUGUAAAGCUCCUACGCCUCCAAAACCUUACAAAUGUGAAGAUACAAGCAAUGACUGUUCAUGGAUCGCUAAAAACUAUGAUGAUGUCACAGGGUACUGUAGAAGGCACAGAAAUGACAGUUUUAUCAAAGAGUGCACGAAAACCUGCGAAUUUUGCAAAUACCCUACAGUUCCACAGCUUGAAAAAUGUCAAGACAUGAAUGAACACUGCUCCUGGAUAGCUGAACACUACGGUGACGUCACUGGAUACUGCAACAGACACAGAGAGAACAGUUUUAUCAAACAGUGCAGCAAAACAUGUGGAUUCUGCAAAGCUCCAGCACCAUCUAAACCUUAUAGAUGUGAAGACACUAAUAAGCAUUGCUCAUGGAUACCUAAUACUAAUGCUGACUUCAUAGGCUACUGUAACAAACACAGAAACGACAGUUUUAUCAAACAAUGUCCAAAGACCUGUGAAUUUUGUGAAUAUCCAACAACACCACAGCCUAAAAAUUGUGAAGACAUCAGCAAUGACUGCUCGUGGAUAGCAGAUAACUAUGGUGAUGUCAUAGGGUAUUGCAGACGGCACAAAGAUGAUGUGUAUAUCAAAAGUUGUAGAAAAACUUGUGGAUUCUGUGAGCCUCCCGUGCCUCCUGAAUCAUAUUUCUGUAAAGACACUAGUAAAGACUGCAAGUGGAUAGCAGAGCAGCACAAGGAUGUUUUGGGAUUCUGCCGCAGCCACAGAAAUGAUAACCUUGUCCAACAGUGCUUAAGUACAUGUGAAUUGUGUAAGCACCCACCACUUUCUCAAAAGUGUGAAGAUUCAAGAGAUGAUUGUUCGUGGAUCGCUAAAAACUAUGAUGACGUCACAGGGUACUGUAGAAGGCACAGAAAUGACAGUUUUAUCAAAGAAUGCACAAAAACCUGCGAGUUUUGUAAACACCCGACAACAUCAAGUAGUAAAUGUGAAGACAUCAAUAAAAACUGUUGGUGGAUAAAUAAAAAUUAUCUCGCACAAGACUACUGUAGACGACACAAGGAUGACGAGUUUAUUAAGGAAUGCAGGAAAACGUGUGGAUUCUGCAAGGCUCCAGCACCAUCUGUGUGUGGAGAUACUCGAGAAGAUUGCAGCUGGAUCACCCGAAACAUUGAUGAUGUAGCAAGCUACUGCGAACGUUGGAAGAAUGAUGAAUCUGUUAAAGAAUGCAGAAAGACUUGCGGAUUUUGUUGAUGAGCAAAGAAAAGCACGUUUCUUAGGUUAAGUUUUUUGAUACCUCAAUCAUGACGCUUAAUAAUUUAAAAAAUAUUUUUAAAAAGAGAGAUUUAAGCUGAAUAAGAGGUAAAUGAAAUAUCUGAUAUUGGAAUACCGGUCUGAUCCUGAUGAACGCGUGUCAAUUAGCUUACGUUUAGGUAUCGAAAGCGGUAAUGCCUUAAUAACUUCUUCUUUUUAAAUUACUCAGUUUUUAGUUAACAUAACCUGUAUGCUUUUAGAAUAAAUAAGAUGAAUAAAUCACACAAACAACCUUUAACUGA